AAAUUUGGCGGGAAUAUAGUAUACGUUAUUCGAUGUAAUUUGCUAAUUUACCACUGUGAUGUACGAAGUAUGAAAUACAGGAGAUAACAAUUGGUAUAUUUUUAAUAAUUUUGUGAUUUAAGUUAAUUAUUAAGACUAAAAUUUUUAUGACCAUUACAAGGAAAUAUUUUAAAGUAUGGUAGAUAUUGGUUUUUAUAUUUCUUGUGAGAUAAUCCUUGUGUGGUGUUCAAACUUCAAUUUAAUUUAGCCAAGAUUGAUUGGAAGGACCGAGGACCAGCGUGGAAAAUAUUGGGUCGAAGCCAAAUGGUUUUUAUGACAAUUUGCCGGAAUUGGUUGUAACCGAUCACCUCCUUAUUUUGUGUAUGGAAAAAUGAAUGGGACCUGACAGAAUGGAGCCACCCUGUAAACAGAUACGUUUCACUUCUUCUCUAACCGAGGAUUUAUUUUCACAAUUCGUACACAGUCCAAAAAAAGGUUUUGAGCGACAUAAAGGUGAUAUUUCUCUUGAAGGCUCUUUGCCCUUUGAUGAUGAAAAAGAUACAUUUUCGCUCCAGACACUUCAGAGAUGCGUGGUUAUGGACGUAUCGGAAGCGAAGAACGGGAAAAUACUAAAGUUACAAUCCCCUGGAACCCACAAGUACACAUCGUGUUUGGUGUCAGGCAUUUGGGACUUGUUAGAGUACAGACCUAAUGACAUAGUGAAUAUCCAGGCAUGCAGAUCACAAAAGGAUGAAUUCGAAUGGAUUAUUGAUUAUUCAAAUGGUUUUUUGGUGUACUGCCCAGACACCAUCAUCACACCUUCCACUAUAAUGUCGAGCUACCCCUGUGUUAGAAAGAGUAUUCUUUCGACCAAGUUCAGAGACGAUGGUUUUCCUGAGGUUGCUGCAGUUGGCAUUCUCAUCCACAAGCUUCUCCAGAAGUCUCUUACGUUGGGAUCGAGCAAAGAAGCUGAUGUCAAGGAGAUAGCAUUGGAGAUUUUGAGCUCACCUCAGUCAAAGAUGUGCUUGUACUCAUCGGGGCUAAACAAGAGUGCAGCAGAGGAGAAAGUUCUUCAGUUUGUGCCCAGAGUUGUCAAGUUCAUGAGGGACUUUGUGCAGCUAGACUCUGUCACCGCUCAGCGUAACCACAAGGCCCCACCGGGUUCCAAAGGCUGCUGGGAAGGUAAGAUUACUGCCGUGAGGGACAUAGAGGAGACGGUGAUGGAACCAAAGCUGGGUCUUUACGGGAAGAUCGACAUAACGGUUGAAGUUUCCAAAUGUGAGGGCGGCGGGGCAGUCAGGAAAUAUGUCUUGCCGCUGGAGCUGAAGACCGGGCGGCCGUCGUACUCGAUACAGCACUGGGGCCAAGUGGCUCUGUACUCGCUGAUGAAAAACACGAGCUCGGGCCUGCUGCUGUACCUGGCGGAUGGCAGCAUGCAGGAGAAGGUCACGAGGGACGUGGACAGAAACGGCCUGAUGCAGAGAAGAAACGAGAUAGUUUACCACAGAAAUAAGCUGCUUAACCCGUCUUUAGAUGAUUUCACUGGAACUUGUUUGAGCGAUAGUCUUCCCCCUCCGAUAAUGGAUAAAAGAAGUUGUGAGUAUUGCCAUGUGAAAACUGUUUGUGGUUCUUUCUUGAGGAGUAGAACGACAUCUGACAGUGUUUCGGAUGAUUUCCCUCCUCUUAGUUCUAGUUCCCACUUGACAGUUGAAGAAAUUGAAUAUUUUGUAAACAUGGCUGUGUGCUUACAGCUGGAAGAAUACGACAACAAAGGUUCAGGGAGUAAUUUGAGCGAUUUGUGGCUGGUUCCAGCCGUCGAGAGAGAAACAAAGGGAAGCUGUAUAAGUAACCUCAUCGUGAAGUCAGUGCAGACUACAGAUGAUGGUUUCGUACAUACGCUUGCUCGCUUCCCAGGUAACUCAAAAUUCCCAGUUGCUAAUCUUUCUGUGAGUGCAUUUGAAAGUGAGUCAUGGGUCUAUGUUAGCACUGAUGAUCAAUUUGGUUUUGCCCAAGGCUAUGUGAAAAAGGUUUUCGAGAAAUUUAUUUCUGUAUCUUUGGACAAAGAUAUACGGAAACAAUCUCAUGGUAAAAGGUUUCAUAUUGACUUGAAACACUAUGAUCAAAGCAACUCUUGCUUGUGGUCAAACUUGGGAGACCUCAUAUCCGAUAACCUUCCUGCAAAAAGACUGCGAAGCAUUCUCAUUGGCCGGUUACAAGCAAGCCCUAUUCAGGAAGGUCUUGAGAUAUUUCAUACUGUAAUGCCUCUGAUUACAGGACUUAAUGAUGACCAGGUGAAAGCAAUCUACAAUGUUUUAUUUUCAAGUGAUUUCACAGUCGUUCUGGGCAAACCCGGUACUGGAAAGACUAUGUUCAUUGUCGUGUUGGUACAAGUUUUGGUUGUCCUGAACCGCAGCGUACUUAUCACAAGUCACACACAUGCAGCUGUUGACAAAAUUCUUUUAGAAUUGCAGAAAAGGAACAUACAAUUUUUGAGAGUUGGUAAAAAAACCAGAAUCAAUCAAGAUAUCGAUAGUGAUUCCACAAUUGCAGCGGUCGAAGAAUCUGUGCUCACGCCAGACGACAUGAACAAACUGUUCAAGGAAGAACUCGUCGUCGGUUCCACUUGCUUAGGCACGAGGCAUUUCAUCUUCAAGGACAAGGUGUUCGAUUACUGCCUGCUGGACGAAGCGUCCCAGGUCAGCCAGCUGGAGGCGAUACGCCCGCUCAUGCUGUGCAGGAAAUUCGUGUUGGUGGGAGACACGAAGCAGCUGCCUCCGCUCGUCGUCAGCCGGAGAGCCGUGGAACUCGGGAUGUCCGAAAGCGUUCUGGAGCGCUUGAGCAAACGGCCGGGCCACACCGUGAGCGAGCUGAACUGCCAGUACAGGAUGAACCGCACCGUCAUGAGCCUCGCAAACAGGUUCGUGUACGACGGCAGGCUGGUGUGCGGUGCCGCCAACGAGCGCGACACGCUGGAGGCGCCCGGCUGGGGCGUCCUGGAGAGGAACGCCGGGAGCAACCCGUGGCUGCUGCGAGUCCUGUCCGCGAGGCUGGAGGACGCGGUCGCCGUCGUGGACACGGGAGACGUCCGCCACGUGGAAACCCAGGACGGCCGCGUCCCGGAGCUCCGGGACGGCGCGCUGAGGACCGUCAACCUGGCAGAGGCCGGGCUGGUGUACUUUGUGGUGUCGGGCCUUCGCGUGGCGGGGGUGAGGGCCGAGGACGUCGGCGUGAUGGCGCCCUACCAGCAGCAGGUCGGCCUGCUCAAGAGGGUGUUUGCCGCGAAGUCCGACUACCACGGGCGCAUCUCCGUCAGCACGAUAGACCAGUACCAGGGCCAGGAGAAGUCUGUCGUGGUGAUCACGUGCACCCGGUCGUCCCCCAACAGGGCUGCGGACUCCGGCCGCGGCAGCAUCCUCGACGACGCGAAGCGCCUGACCGUGGCCAUCACCAGGAGCAAGCACAAGCUCAUCAUCAUCGGCAACGUGCAACUUCUGAUGGAUAAUUUUUCAGAAAUGAACAAACUGUUUUCUUGCAUUGAAGAGAACAAUAAAAUUAGCUGCAAAGAUCUUGAUUGGGGUUAUAUGGUGAGGAAGACACUCAAAUAUUUGGAUAAAUGUGAUAAUUCGCGUGGUCAGUUUUUAUAAUUAAAUUUUUCUUGUUAGUGGUUUUUUAAUGUAAUUUUUUAUAUGUUUUUUUUGGACAAAAAUGUGGUUGUGAACACGUGUGUGCUUUUUCGUGGUACAUAACUCAGUAUGUUUUUUACAUUGUGAUAAAUGUGUUGUAAAUAAAUAGGUUACUGUUUUUAUUUGCCAUUAUAGUUGGUGAUUUCUGCCCUGUAAGUUUAUUUAAUAAUUUAACAGUAAAUAGCAGUUUGACUGAACUGUAGUACAUUCUAUAUACUUUUGCGCAUGGCGUAUAAAUUUUGAUAGUUUUUUGUAAUAUGUAAGAGUAUUGGAUCUAAGUACAGUAGAACCUCACAUAUCCGACCAUGACGGGACCGGGCCAUGGUCGGAACGGCCAAAGGUUCGGAUAUCCGUAGGAGCAAAAAAAAAGCCUUUCCCAGCUAUACAGUGUGUACAGUAAUACAACUUUAUUUGUAAAAAUGUUGCUGUAUACAUUUCAAACAUUUACUUUUGUUAAAUUAUAAAUGAGACGAUAAAUACAAUGUAAACAUACCUUAUUUAAAGAAUUCAGUAAUGUAUUUUUAUUUCAGUUUUGCCAAAUCUUGAUUUUGCAGAAGUGUCCCUCCACUUUUUCUACCCACAAUACAUUACGUUACGUUUAAAAAAAACACAGAACAGUACAAGAUUAUAGUAGGAGCACAUUCUGCACCAACAAUCACGGCUGAACUGAACAGUUUGCGACACGAAGACAUAUUGUAGAUGCGUCACUUUUUAAAGUCUGAACAGGCUCGCCAACCACGGAGACUAGGUCGGAUAUCCGGAGGAGUCGGUUGUGGGAAGGUCGGAUAUGAGGGGUUCUACUGUAUUGAAGAUUGUUCGUGUUGACAGAGGUAUAGUCACAAGUACUAACACACGACUCAUAAAUUUAGCUUUGGAUUAAUUUGUUAUUGUAAAUUAUUUCUUGCAGUUAAUCUUAAGUGUACCUAUGUUUUAAUUUUAUAUUCAGCAAAAUAAUUUGAUUGAAAUUUACAAUUUUAACACCUGUAUACCAAGAUAUUAGCAGUUAAGGUUUUUUUUUUGCAUGUGAUCUGUUAACACUUUUUAUAAAUAUAUAUUUUUAUAUCUCUUACCAUUAUGCAAGCAUUAAAUUAUGUAUGUUCUAAAAGUUUGUAGCAGUGUUUGUAAAUAUUUCUUUAUGAUUUUAAGCCUAAAAAAUAUUAUGUAUCUGAACUUUGUGUAACUCAUUUAAUUCGUGUACUUAUUUGAUACCCAUAAUGAGAACUAUUUUCGGAGUAGCGUUUGAAACAUUUUUUACCCCCCAUUUAUACUGUUCAGUAUGCUCUUUUAAGGGUGAAUCCGGAAAAAGAAGGGGGGGGGGGGGGGGGCAGCUGUCUCACCUUUCGAAGUGGGAAAAAUUAAAACGAGGAGCGAGAAGCAGUAGUUGGAGAUUAUUUGUAACUAACCUUACAAACUCGAUGACGUAGGGCCUUGCACGUCCUUAUCUGCAUGUCGGUAGUAUGUGCCCGGACACCACCGUAUGUUUGUCAGGCACUUGGACCCGGUGAAGACUCCCUAACAGGGUCGUGAGGUCGCCUGUGUGUGGACGAGACUCGAACUGCUCUACCUAAACCUCCUCAGUCCUCCCAGACCUGGUCCGCCCUAGGUAUCGGACAUGCUUACACGAAGGGCGGGCUCCUAGAGGCGGCCCACGCACCUGAUACCAGAAGUCGAUGUGCGAUAAGGAACUAAACACAUCCCACAUUUAUUGGCAUUGUUACUUAUGCGCAGCUUACACAUCUGUUGCUACAAUACUUUCAAAAUGCCUCGUGGCACGAAUCGGCAUAGUUGUAGUUGUGUCACCCUCGUGACCGAAAUGUUACGUACGCAGUAAUUUCAAAGUCGCUUAUAAAGGGUUAAAAAUUAUUAUUUAAACAGUUAGCCUCCUGCGGAUAGUUGCAAAAUGAUUGAGGACAUUUAGGUGAAAUAACAGAAGUAAGCAGACAGUGAUGACAAGGUAUGCGGUCUCUUCUGGGGUGUAGAUGCCUCCUACCAGUGGCAGGGCUUGAUCGAAGACUGGGUGGGACUCUUCCCGCCUCUUUAAUGACCGUAGUGUUACUAUAUCCGUUCCGCUUAAGUUCCGAAACUUAUACGAGAAACACUUCACAUAACUACAACAUAUUAAGUUAAGUUAAGUUAAAAAAAACCUUUACAGUUGCUGUAUUUUAAUAUGUACGAUUGCAAAUAAUAUUGUUGCUCUGGGGUGCGUCCCGGAAUGUCUGAGGCUACCAGAAUACAUUAGAAUUAAUAAGGUUAUUUAAUAAAAAAAGUUGUUCGUUGUUGCUGAAAAGAAACAGAGCCUUUGGGGAGUAAAAGGAAAAAAAAAUAUUACUAUGUUACAUUUUAAUGUGUUUAUGGGAAUGUGUACUGCAUUUAACGCAGUCACUCGUACCCACUUCUGGGUCGACAGUGUGCUAUUUAAACACUGGCAUGCGUCGCUCGCACGCACGCACACACAUACACAAACACACACGUAGAUAGAUUGUUGUUGUUUAUUAUUGUAUGGCUCCAUGUAACCUCUUCAACCAUGAAAGAGGUUUAAUUCCGAAAAAUGGCCCCCCCCCAUCCCUCUUUUCUGUCAAAAAUUCCCACAUUCAUUCUGUUUUGAGCUGGAUACGACCUUGCAUACCUACAUUAUAUUAAUAUUAGUCUAAUAGUUUAAAUAGUUAAAUUUUUUUAAAUUACCAUCUAGAUGGAAUCUCAGUUGUAUUCAUUGUGGGUUGAGUAUGAAAUGAAUAUGUAUCACUGUUAUUAUUAUGAUCCCAAAUGUGGACUGAAAAGUGACCAUUGAUCUGUUAACCUAGUACACUGUAAAAUAAAAUGUUUUAUGAGACCCACUAAACAUUUUUUAAAUGAAUAAACCCUGGAUUUUUUUAGCAUUUAA